GUGGUGGCGGAUUUCAGCCGUCAUGCAGGCCAUCUUGUGUCUGCAGGCCCACGCGGCGGCCACACAUGAAGAACAGCCGCUGGCCUUUACAGUCAUGAACCUGACAGCCAAGGCGGAGACACUAAGCCACCGGGUUGAAUACGACUUCCUCGUUCAGACCACCAAUUCAACUCCGCCGGUGCAGUGCAACGCGCUGCAGACCAACAUCAACGAGUCACUGGUCAAUGUCUCUACGACCAUCUGCGAUUCCAGCUCUGGAAUCUCCUUCUCGUGGCAACAGUUCAACGACGGCCACGCCGAGUUGACGCUGACGCGCAAUAUUUCCGACACGCAGUCCGCCAGGGACGUGGGGGUCCACACCAUCGGCAGUGAUCAGAUUAGCGAAGUAGCUUCCGGCACUGAGUUUGAACACCAGGCUUACGUGGGGCCAUCCAACUUUACCGUCCCAGCCACGAGGGUGUAUUAA